AUGGGUCUGUUUUCCUCGUUGAAGAAGAACAAGACUGUGGAAGAGCCUCGCACGACACCACUCGAGGUUGAUGAACAUGGAGACGAGUCGAUAAGCAAGGCCGAGGCAACGACUGCUGUUAGGGAAGCUUCGGUCGACAAGGAUGCGCUUUCAAAAUCAGAAAAGGAUACCAGUGCUGCUUCCCAACAAGCCGAAGAUGAAUCAAAGUAUCCCACUGGCCCGAAACUGUGGCUACUUGUACUCGGUCUCUGCCUUGCGAUCUGGGUGAUCGCUUUGGACAACUCAAUCCCGAAAAUCACAACCCAAUGGCCCGACGCGCUGAACGAUGUCGGUUGGAUCGGAUCUGCCUACUUGCUCACUACCACAUCGCUCCAGCCCUCCUUCGGCAAGGUUUACACCUACUUUGAUGUCAAAUGGACCUAUCUAUCGGCCUUGAUCAUAUUCGAAAUCGGUUCGGUCAUCUGUGCAGCAGCCACUAGCUCCACAAUGCUCAUUGUAGGCAGAGCAGUUGCUGGUGUUGGAGCUGCCGCUCUCUUUUCGGGAGGCAUGACCAUUAUCGGAUUUAUCGCUCCUUUGCGGAAGCGUGCGAUCUAUAUUGCGUCGUUGUCCAGUAUGUUUGGCAUUGCCAGUGUGGUCGGACCUCUGCUGGGUGGAGUCUUCACUGACCAUGCAACAUGGAGAUGGUGCUUCUGGAUCAAUCUUCCAUUCGGUGGAAUAGGACUUGUAGCAGUGUUCUUCUUCUUUGAGAAUCCCGAGAGAAGACACACCAACAUGACUACCAAGGAAAAGAUCAAACAGAUUGACCUCCUGGGCGCCUUCCUACUGAUCUGUGCCAUCGUCUGCCUUCUCCUCGCCCUGCAAUGGGGCGGUACUAAAUACCCUUGGAGCAACAGCAAGGUUUGGGGAUGCUUACUCGGAUUUGGCUUGUUGAUCUCGGUCUUUAUCGCUCUUCAGAUCAAGCUAGGAGAUCGAGCCACUCUUCCGCCUCGCAUCUUGGUCAAGAACCGCACCGUCUUGGUUUCUGCACUUUACUCGACUUUCUUCGCCAUGGGAUUGUACACGUACGUCCAUCGUCAAGCCUCGGCAGUGAAAAAUACUUCUGCAGAAGGUUCUGGCAUCAGAUGUAUUGCGUACCUCGUUUCCAACACGAUUGCAUCCGUUGUCGUUGGAGGUACCAUUACCGUUAUCGGCUACUACGCACCUUUCAUGUGGUUUGGAGCCGCCAUCUUCACUGUCGGUGCUGGCAUGCUAUACACUCUGGAAGUCGCUUCUCCUGCCGCCAAAUGGAUCGGAUACCAACUGCUUGCUGGUAUUGGUGCCGGUUCUGCGAUCCAAAUUCCGUUCAUUGCUGUACAGGUUGUCUUGGACGAGAAAGACAUGCCCUCAGGAAACGCCAUUGCGAUCUUCUUCAACAGCUUGGGAGGUGCUAUCUCCAUCUCGAUUGCACAGAACAUCUUUGCCAACACGCUGGUCAAGGACAUUAUCAGGAAUGCACCUGGAGUGAACCCGGCCGCUGUCAUAGCUGCUGGUGCCACGCAUGUCAGAGAUGUGGUUUCGGGGGCACAACUGCCAGGAGUUUUGCAAGCAUACAGUCAUGCUGUGACAUCUGCGUUUGUUUUGCCCAUUGCGACCAGCGGUCUGGCCUUUGUCAUCAGCUUGUUCGUUGAGUGGAAAAGUAUCAAGGGCAAGAAUCUCAUGGGAGGUGGAGCUGCCUGA